CCCUACUCCAAAAUGGAGUCCAAAAUGCAGGGAGGGAUUGUCAUGGCUGGCGGCGGCAAGCCGUCCUGGUCUGCCUCGGCCAUCGUCGCCACUGUCGCGAGUGGGUACCACAUCCUCAGGAUCGAUGGCUACUCCCACACCAUGGGGACCCCCACAGGAGAGUACAUCGCGUCCCUCCCGUUCACCGUGGGCGGCCAUCGCUGGCACAUUCGCUACUACCCCAACGGCAGGAGCUCGGAGACCAAAGAGUACGUCUCGCUUUCUCUCUAUCUCCACGACUGGGUCGCUGAGACAGUGAAGGCGCGGUUCAAGUUCCGUUUCGUCGGUGACGUGGCGGAGCAGCCGUUGAUACUGGGAGGACUGCAUAGCUUUGAUAAUAUUGACAACAAUUGGGGGCGCCCCGAGUUCAUCAAAAGGAAAGAUUUGGAAGAGUCGAAGCAUCUCCUAGACGAUUCUUUUUCCAUUCGGUGCGAUGUGGUCGUGCCCACCAACGAAGUCCGCGUGGUAGCCACUGCUGCGGCUGCUAUGGUUUCCGUGCCCCCAUCUGACCUGCACCAGCAUCUCGGCAUUCUCCUGCUGACCGAGAAGGGCGCCGAUGUGGUGUUCGACGUCGCCGGUGAGACGUUCGCCGCACACCGGUGCGUGCUCGCAGCCCGUUCGCCUGUCUUCAGUGCAGAUCUCUUUGGUGCGAUGGAAGAGGGGGGCCACACCGGAGGCGUGGUGCGCAUAGAGGACAUGGAACCUCUGGUGUUCAAGGCAUUGCUCUACUUCCUUUACACCGACUUGUUAGAGACAGAGACGAUGAAACAAGGUGAAGACGGAGACGAUGAAGACGUUUUGUGUCAGCACCUACUGGUCGCUGCGGACAAAUACAACUUGGAGAGGCUGAAAUUGCUAUGUGAAAAGAAGCUGUGUGAGUGCAUCCAUGUGGGCACGAUAGCAACCAUCCUGGCGCUCGCUGAGCAACACCGCUGCCAUGCACUGAAGAAGGUCUGCUUCCAUUUUCUCAGCUCUCCUGCAAAUUUGAGGGCAGUCGCCGCCACUGACGGCUUUGAGCAUCUGAGCAGAAGCUGCCCCUCUGUUAUGGAGGAGUUGGUUGUCAUGCUCAGCAACUUGGUGUAGAAAACUGCACAGUAGUUGUGCAUCCUAGGAGAUUCUCAAUCUUUUGGUGCUUUUGCCAGUUGACUUGACUGCGUAUGUGCCGCUCUCCACCAAUUCGCAGCGGGUGAUUUUGUUAGCUGCUAGCUUUGAAUAUCCACAACAAGUCCGUCUAUGUGCUUAAUGUUUAAUUCUCAGAAGUUGGAAUGCAC